UUGUGUGCUUGACGCUCGCACAAGUUAUACGCGUGCCGGUAAUAAACCGUUGUUAGGCAUAACGGUCGUUCUAUUCGAUCUUCCUUGCUCUUUGUACAUAAAUUUAAUCGUAACUGUUAAACCAAAGGUCGUGAUACACGAAAUUUUGCGCGUAAUAGUCGGAAGAAAUAGUGAAAGUGUGUCUAUUGCUAAGAAAGCGUCAAACCUCGAGUAAUUCGAACGAAAUAAAGAUGGCCGACGUUGCCGAGAGUGCAGCAUUCACCGACCCAGCGACCGCAAUAUCCCACGGCAAACGGCACCUGCUAGUGCGGGAUUACACCAUGGCUGUGACCGCGUUAGCGCAAGCUUGCCAGCUGCUCGUAGAAAAACACGGAGACACUGCGGAUGAACUCGGUGAACCCUAUCUGCUCUACGGACGUGCACUUCUUGGUUUGGCGAGAGAAGAAGCCGGAGUGUUGGGCGGUGGAGUUCCAGGCACGGAAGACGCGGAGGAAGACGACGAGGAAGACGAAGAGGAAGCGGAUGACGAAAAACUUAGCAACGUAGACGAAAAAGAGGAAGAAGAGAACGAGGAACCGGUGGAAAAAACUGCAACGGAAGGAGCAAACAAAGAAGAAGGUAGUUCUGAGAGCAAAAUUGAGAAAUCAAAGUCUGCGGAGGAACCCGCGAAACUAGCAGACGAAACAGAGAAGAAGGAGGAAAAGGAUGGUAAAAAGGAGAAGAACGUGCCAGAGUCCAAGAACGAUGAGAAGGAAGAUGCUGGAAAGCCAGACUCUAACAAAACUGAUGAUAGCAAAAUAGCGGAGCAGAAACAAAAGGAGGAAGAGAAAGCUACGGCCGGCACGAGCAAGGAAAUGAAUCAUGCUAAUGGACCGUCUUGUUCGACUGGACAGAAUGGCGAGCUGAAGGAGAAUGGAGAGAAUGAUUCCGAGGAUACCGGAAAGGAGGACGAUGAAGAUGAAGUUAAUAAUUUACAGGUGGCCUGGGAAGUUCUGGAGCUGGCAAAACUGGUACUCUUAAAACGAGGACAGCCUGGUUGGAAGUUACUGGCCGACGCCUAUCGACUCCUAGGAGAGGUGGCUAUGGAAGGAGGAAACUUUCAGGGUGCUUUGAACGAUCUGCACCGAUGUUUGGAACUUUUGCAAAAAAUCGAACCCCGCGAACCGAGAGCAAUAGCAGAGAUUCAUUAUCAGCUCGCGCUGGCCCAUUCUUUAGGCAACGAGUUUGACGCUAGCAUCGAGGAGUUCAACAAGGCCACAGAGUUGCUAGAGACGCGCAUCAAAGAGCUCGAAGAACUGAAAGAACCACCAAAGACUGAAGAUUCCUUUUACACUGUCGAAGGAGAGAUACAAGAGCUGAAAGAACUACUACCAGAGAUCCGAGAAAAGAUCUCAGACAUGAAGGAUUUCAAGCAAGAGGCUUGCAAGUUGGUCAUAGAGGGUAUUAAGAGCAAAGUGGCUGGGGGCUGUUCUAACGGUGCCGGUCCAAGUGGCAGCGAUUCCGCGUCCACGCCAAAAGUUCAAAAACCAGCUAGUGACAUAUCCCAUCUGGUGCGCAAAAAGAGAAAAGCUGACGAACCAGAGACAGAGGUUGCGUCGCCAUGCAAAAAGCCAACGCCAGAGAAGGCUGUUUGAAUAUUUCGCUUGGUUCGGUGCGUUUGGGACACUUUUGAUCGUUGCUUUGUUUCGCGCGGUGAAAAUUCAAACUGUACCACUAAUGGAAUUUUUAGAGUUGGACCAAGGUAGGGUAACGAUAUUCGAUCCAGCGAGAACGAUUCUACUCGUUACCGUGGAAAAUAUUUUAAAAGCAGCAAACCGGAAACACUCGUAUUUUUUUUAUUCGUUAAUUAUGAUUAUGGCAGUAAACCGGAAACACUCGUAUUUUUUUAUUCAUUAAUUAUGAUUAUGAUUCGCGUGUGUGUUGAAUUUCAUAUUUUCGUUGUUUUUACGAUAUGAUUAUUUAUUUACCUUGAAAGGUCUUGACAGCGAAGAAGCUGUACUAAUUACCGUCUACAUUGCGAGUGUUUUAAAACUCUUAUUCUCUAGGACACGAUAAAAUAUUAAGGAAUAAGGUUGUUCUUGUAUAAGUCUGAUUAAUAAACGUUAAAUGAUGGUUUUUUUCUAA